CGCAGUUCACGCGUAGGGCGAGAGCUCCCGGGCAGCGGCGCUCAGCUCUUCAGUAGUGUUCUACGCCACUCGGUGUCGCGACCAGUCCCAGGCUAGGCUGCAAGACCGGGUGGACAAAUGUAGGCUGUUGUGUUGUGUGAACGGUCGUUGAUUGCUUAGUGGAUUCAAGUGCCUGUGAUAUCCAGUAUUAAGACUUUCUCGCAGCGUCAUUGCGAAUUUUCAUUCACAGUCCGAUAAACCCACCCUACACAAAUGUCUGUGGACAAAGAGGAGUUGGUUCAGCGAGCGAAGCUUGCCGAGCAGGCCGAGCGGUACGAUGACAUGGCCGCUGCGAUGAAGGCCGUUACGGAGACAGGCGUCGAGCUCUCCAACGAGGAAAGGAACCUUCUAUCGGUCGCCUACAAGAAUGUUGUGGGUGCCCGGCGUUCGUCAUGGCGAGUUAUAUCGUCAAUUGAACAGAAGACGGAAGGUUCAGAAAGGAAGCAGCAGAUGGCAAAGGAGUACAGAGAAAAGGUCGAGAAGGAGUUGAGAGAAAUCUGCUACGACGUUCUCGGCCUGUUAGAUAAGUACCUUAUUCCAAAAGCAAGUAAUGCUGAAAGCAAAGUAUUUUACCUGAAGAUGAAGGGAGAUUAUUACAGGUACCUUGCAGAAGUUGCCACAGGAGAAAACAGGAAUACUGUUGUGGAUGACUCUCAAAAGGCAUACCAGGAUGCCUUUGAAAUCAGCAAGGCCAAAAUGCAGCCUACCCAUCCAAUCAGGCUGGGGCUGGCACUCAACUUUUCCGUGUUUUACUAUGAAAUCUUAAAUUCGCCAGACAAAGCGUGUCAGUUGGCGAAACAGGCAUUCGACGAUGCCAUAGCUGAACUGGAUACGCUAAACGAAGACAGCUACAAAGACUCUACCCUUAUAAUGCAGCUGCUGAGGGACAACCUCACUCUGUGGACCUCGGACACGCAAGGGGAUGGGGAUGAACCUCAAGAAGGGGGUGAUAACUGAUCUGGCCCUCCGCGAGAACCGUCAAAUCCCUGUUCCAAGUAACUGUAUUGAAAUCCUUCCUAUCUUCGUACCUGCUUCCAUUCCAGUCCUUCCCAAAUCCUGAUCCUUUAUCCUUCGAUUUUGGUCAAAUCGGUAUAUUAUUAUUAUAAGGAAACAUUCACACAUCUACACGUGCAAACACAGUCUACAGUCUACAAAGAAAAGGUUCGUUCACCUUUACAAGAAUUUUGAACAAGCCUUUCAGUAUGUGGCUUCCCUCUGUUUCUGAAAGAAAUGCUAGUGCAGCAUGCGAAUGGUUUUAAGAAAUCUACCUGAGUUGUGUUCCUAGCUGAACAUGACAUCAGAGCAUAGUAUCUUGCAGUAAUAAAAUUUUGGUUUCUCAUAGGCUACAUUAUGUAUGUUUGGAGUUGUGUUUUUGAAAUAUUUAUUGUGGAAAAGUGCAGAAGAUUAAAUUUGCUGCAAGGACACUUAACAUUGAUGUAGAAAAGUGCAUAUUAGUUGUGGAAACUGAUUUCAUUCCAGAAGCAAAGUAACCCACAAAAAUACUGUAAGAGUGCAGUUGUAAUUUGUAUGUAAUUUUUGUCUUGUCAGAUUUGUCAUGGCAUUUUUUCUCUUUCUCAUGCUGUGGAGAGACUCACAAUGUUUUAUUAUUGCAUUGAAACAAUCCAUUUAACAAGCCAAAUUACUGAAAAAUCAAUGUGCGAAAUAAAAAUCAUAAAAUAAAAUUGCAGCCUAUUAUUUAUACUAGAAUGUAAGGUAUAAACUACAUCACUUUUUAUAAAAUGCCUUUUUAAAAAAUAGCCAUCUGUUCAUAAAAUUAAAAACAUUAAGUUACAAUAAAAAUUAAAUUUAUCUGCCAAUAUCAGUUUUGUCACUUUUUUAAAUUGUUUAUAUUUAAUUUGUUCAUGUGAGAACUUAAAUAAAACGGAGGUGUUAACAA